AUGUUCAACUCAGUUUAUCUAGUAUCACUUGCUAUUGUAUCCAUAUCAGUUCUUAUUUCAUAUAUUUUAAUUAAUACAAAUACAGUUUCAGAACUGGAGACAAUGGCUAAGAAUGGCUUGGUUUUUGUUGCAAACACAGCAAAGAUCCACAAUUUAGUGUCUAAAGCCAUAAAAUCAGUUAAAAAUAUAUUAUAUAUUAAAAUUAAUGGUGAAUCAGGAAAUUUAUUGCCCAUAUUAAGCAAGCAAAUUGUUAACAUCUAUAGUAAUGCAUCUUCACAAAAUACAGAUGUAAGAUUGAUGUUGAAACCAAUUAAAUCAGGUGAGAGAAUACAAACAAAUCAUGCAAUAGAUCUCAUACUAUAUGAAAAUGAAUUGGACAAACAUAUUGAAGAACUCAAGAAUUCUGUAAAUAAUUUAGAACCUGGCUGUAAAGUUAAAAAUUUUGAUAGUCAAAUAUCAGAUAAAGUAUCUGCCGAAGAAAACAUGAAGACCUAUGAGUAUGUAGCAGUCGGUGGUACAUUUGAUAGACUACACAAUGGUCAUAAGAUCCUGUUGUCGCAGGCGGCUCUGCGUGCAACCAAACAUGUGACAGUUGGGGUAACUGAUGUAAAUAUGAUUCAAUCGAAAGUUCUAUGGGAGUUAAUCGAGCCUGUUGAAAAAAGAAUAAAGGGUGUGCUUGACUUUUUAACUGAUAUAAAUCCGGAUCUUGAGUAUAAAGUUGAACCAAUACAAGAUUUAUACGGACCUACUAAAUCUGAUCCGAGGUAUGAGUUGAUAGUGACAAGCGAGGAAACAAAAAGAGGUGGAAUUAAAAUCAACGAGAAACGAGAGGAAAAUGGCCUUCGUCCCCUCGAUAUGUAUGUAAUAGGUCUAGCUGAGGAUCUGGCCACCAGACAUUCAGCCGAAGAAGAAACCAAAGUCAGUUCAAGUAAUAAGAGGAUGAGGUUACUAGGAACGUUGCUAAAGGAGCCGGAGCCAAAUCCCCGUAUACCAUCGCGGCCUUAUGUCAUAGGAUUAGCUGGCGGUAUUGCCAGUGGAAAGAGCAAUAUUGCUGAGAAAUUAAAAUUAAAAGGGGCUGCGGUUAUAAACUGUGAUUUGAUCGCUCACGACUUAUAUAAGCCCGGUCUGCCACUCAACCGGACCCUUUCGGAAGCUUUUGGUGAACAUAUCAUCACAGAAAACGGUGAAGUCGACAGACGGAAACUAGGACAAAUAGUAUUUAGUGAUAAGAAUGAACUGGAAAGAUUGAAUCAGAUAGUAUGGCCGGCUGUGAUAGAGGAGACACAGCGACGCAUCAAAGCGCUAGGACAAGAAGGUUACGAAGUGGUUGUGAUGGAGGCAGCUGUUAUGGUGCGGGCUAAGUGGUACCACUACUGCCACCAACUGUGGGCAGUUAUUAUACCACCUAAUGAGGCUAUUAAAAGACUUCAGGAGCGAAACAAUCUGUCAGAAGAGGAAGCACGACAACGUGUGGAGGCUCAAGUAUCAAAUUCCGAGCAAGUGGCCGCCGCUAAUAUUGUUUUCAGUCCGUAUUGGAGCUAUGAAUAUACACAAUCCCAGAUAGACAAAGCCUGGGAACAUUUGCAGAAAUAUCUGAACACCAAUACUACUAUGUAAAGUAUUUAUUACUGUUUUAAUAUAUAAAUAUAGUUUAUAUAAUCUGUUAAAAUGUUU